AUGCUGCAAGUUAAUUGCUCUGGUACGCCCUAUGAGAUCGGCCAUCAACAUGGCACCGCCGCAAACGAUAAAGUAGCGGGAUCUCUGGACUUUUACAAGUGGCUUUUCCAAACCACCUGUGAUAUGGACUGGCCUGCUGUUCGAAUCGAGGCACAAAAGUACGUCGAGCCACUACAGAAACUAUGCCCCCGCUAUGUCGAAGAAAUACGCGGCGUCGCCGAUGGCGCAGGAGUCGAGUUUAUCGAUAUAGUCGCUCUCAAUGUCCGAACUGAAAUCACCUUUGGUCUAUUCACAGACAGCCCAAGUAUCCCUGUUCAGACCGACGGCUGCACUAGCUUGGCAUGCCGCCAGAAGAAUGGCAACAUGCUCUUGGCGCAGAAUUGGGACUGGAGGGUCCAACAAACGCCCAAUCUUUUCAUCUGUCAUAUCACUCAGCCAGGCACAGAUCUACCAGAUAUAUCUUUUGUCACGGAAGGGGGUGUUAUAGGCAAGAUCGGAUUCAACACAUUUGGCGUUGGAGUCUCCCUCAACGCUAUCCGGGCUCGGGGCCUCGACACCACGAAGCUACCAAUCCACCUUUCACUGAGAGCGGCCCUGGAGUCAAACUCUGCUCGUGACGCGGCGCAUAAACUGCAAGCAACUGGGACGGCUGGAAGUGGCCAUAUCUUGGUGUCGGAUCCAAAGGAAGCGAUAGGACUUGAAUGUACUAGUGUGGGGAUCGAGGAGAUCGAGCUGGACCAGGAUGGGACUAUCAUUCAUGCGAACCAUCUCAUGCUCGACCACCCAGGGGUAGACGAGCGUCCGCCAUACUUGGAUUCGUUUGCCCGUGUAAAGCGUCUUUCUCAACUCGUCACAGAAAAGACAGCGUCGGAGACGAUCACAUCUUCUUCAUUGUUCGAACUGUUUAAAGACGAGCAAGGAUUUCCGGGCUCCAUCAAUCGCUGUCAGGUUGGAGAUUCAGAGUCACAGACCUUGUUCAACAUUGUCAUGGAUCUGGCAGGACGGAAGGCUACGGUAUACUUUGGAAGACCAACAAGUUGGACAGAGCGAAUUGAGAUGUCUAAAUAG